ACUGAAAAAAUGUAACGUUAAAAAUUAUAUCGAGUUAACAAUUUUUUUUUCCUCAGUUCAAAUAUUUAUACCCUGCGCAUAUUUCGUACGUCUUGUUUGUUCAGAUGUUUUCAAUAUAAAAUUAUAAAUAGAAUUCUGUCGCAAAUUACAGAUCGUGUAAAGUAGGCUUAACUCUCACGCUGAAAUUAAUUAUUAUCAGUUAAUCCGCGGUUCCGCGAAGAUCGAAAGGCUGAAAUUGUCGCUCGACUCGAGGCUACGGAACAGACAAAAACCACACGUUUAUUGUUGGUCGACCGAUCGGAACGAGCCCUCGUUCUCAGAAUGCGUUCGGAAAUUUAUGGGGCUCCCCGAGGAAAAAAAGCGAGAUAACUGAGCGUCACAUUACGGGUGGCCCCGUAAUUCUGUAACUUCAACCGAAGAGAUUCGACGUCUCGAGCGUCGUUGUGCCUCGCUGACAUGUAAUGUUUGCUUCAUGAACAUUUCAUUCAACGGUUCGCGGAUCGAUCGCCGGAUAAUUCGAUUGCUCUUUAGUAAUCAGGGUUCCCUCUGAGAUACAUAUUGUUUUCGAGGCGUAAUUGCAAAAUCGAUGUUUUCCGCCAGCUCUUCCGCCAAAUUACCUUCUUUCGCUGUUACCUUACUCCGCAAGCCACGUGUAUACGCACGCAGUUUAUCAAAUCGUAGUUUAAUCGAUAAAAAAGUACGUUAAGUCUUGCGUUAUUUACGCAGUAGAUAUCGUCCGCGACUUGCCCUCGCCUUAGAUUUUUUUUAUCUCUAAGAUCUAUUGUCUACGAUCGCUCCAAUUUCUAGAUUUCUUACGUGAUUCAAUCUAGCUGUGUUUGCGAAUGUUAUUAAUAGUUAAUAAUAUUCUAAUCUAAUCUACUACGAUGAUGAAUCACGGUUGUUAUCUAAUCCGAUGUACGGAAAAAAAAUGUUGAAACGCAACCAGAGCGCCGCGCGUCUCACUUCGUCCCUUCAUUCUCACGAUAUAGGUUUCACAUCCAUUCGGGCUUGGACGUUCGCGCGGCUCGGUUGAAAGUCCCUCGAAAGCUGAGAUCGGCCUUCGAUUCUCGCCGAUAAAUAAGACGCGAACAGCACGAGAAUGCGCGCAAGCGUGCCUACGCCCUUCGUGAAACGACGCGGAUGACAGAAACUCGUAAUACGUCGCGUCGCACUUGGUGAAGGACGUCCGCGAACUCGCCGCUGGUGUGUGUUCAGCGAAAACGCGGGGGUGUAACCGUGUGUAAGAAUUGUGUGCGUAUUAUUUUUCUGUGCGCGAUACGAAAAUUCGCGACGUUUUGUCACGGAUUAUAAUCGCCGUCCUGGUGCAGCAUGGAUUACCAACGGCUCCUGUCCAACAACAACGACGACAAUUAUCCUACGCAUCACCAUUGGUUGCCGAAGAUGUGCUCCUGCCUCGACGGCAGCUCCACGCUGCCGAGUAAUCGAGCCGCGAGCUACGAGCGGCUUGGUUCCAAUCUCACGAUUUUCGAACUCAACAGCACUUUGCAAAGGAAUCGGAGAAGUGAUCAGGAUUUUAUCGACAGCGAAAGACAAGAAGAAUUACGGUUUUACAACUACGAUCACUCUUUUACGACCGUAGUUGUGGAGAAGAAUCUGCGAACGAUCGACCUGUGCGAGUUGCUCAAAGUCAAGAGAAACACGAAAGGCCCAGCCUGGUCGAUAAUCGAAACGUGGCCGAAGCUAGGAAUUGAGCGUACAUUAGAAGACCACGAAGAUAUUCUUGCUGUUCAUAGAGAAUUGGAAAUGUUUGCUUCCCGAUACGAGAGGAGGUUUUAUUUCAAUCCGGACUUUGUGAAAUACGAAGUGUUCAUCAAGCCUAAGCAAUUUUUUCCCGCGGACAUGAUCACGUUUCCUGGCGGGGAGGAGAGGAGCACAUUGGCUGAAGCCGAGAGCGCGCUAAGGAAUUACCUAUUACGGGAGGACAGUGAGUGCCCGUACGUAUUCAGCAUGGUGUGGAUGCGAAAUGCGAGUUCAAAUGGCUGGAAGAGGAUGUACAUGCUGCUCCAAGGCCGGAAACUCUACACGACGAAGAAGGCGAUCGCGACGCUACCAAAACGGCCUCUGGAGAGCGAACACCUAAUCACACUCGCACACUUGUCGGACUACAACAUCUACAGGAUACCGAACACCAAGCGAGUUUUUGGCGCACCCUUCGAGUGGGGCGUCUGCCUAAGGCCGAACAGCAACGCCGAAGCCGAAGACACGGAGGCUGGAGAACCCGGGAUCAAGGUCAUUACUUUCGAGAACGAAAAAUCGCGCACCUGCUGGCUCACAGCCAUGAGACUCGCUAAGUAUGGCAAACAGCUUCGAGAGAAUUACCGAGCCUUCAAGAACAAGCAGUGCGAGCAGAACGGCGGUAGCAGUCCCAAAGAGCAAUACAACAGUUACAAUGUGUCCAAUGAAUCGGUACGAUCACGCGUGGCGAUGGAUUUUACCGGUAGCGUGGGCAGGAUAGUCGAGGACCCCAAGGAAGCCAAGGACAUAGCCGAAAACGAAGGCAUUCUCUGGCGGCGGAGAUGGCGACCGUUUUCACGAACACCACCGGGGUGCGCCAUGAUGAGGCUGCACGGCCUCGAUGCCGGUAUACAUGUUACUCAGCCUUGGUUCCACGGCGGCCUCAAGAGGGAUGUCGCAGCAGCUAUUAUAAGGGAUCACGGCAGCGUCGACGGCGUGUUCCUGGUUAGAGAGAGCAAGAGCAAUCCCGGGGCCUUCGUGCUGACCUAUAAGUACAACGACAAGGUCUUUCACGCGCAAAUCCAGCCCAUCCUCGAUGAGCGUCGCAACUGCGUGCUGUAUAGCCUCGACAAAGGGACGACCAGGUUCUACGAUCUAUUGCAGCUGGUCGAGUUCUAUCAGCUGAACUCAGGCUCGUUGCCUACCCGGCUAACUCACUACGUACAAAACGGAGUAAAACCACCGACGUACAAGCCGGAAGACGGUGGGGCGUCGCCGUCGCCGCCCGAGAGCAGUAGCCAGCGGAUUAACAGCAUCGACAAGGCUAUCGAGCCAAGUGGUAAUCUGAGCAGCAUUUGAGUAUAGGACAGUCGGCGACCCGCUGGUGUUGUCAACGGCGAUCGCCUGCUUACCGUUUGUGCCACCACCAACGGGCUCUUCGACCCCGCCAUCAUCACCGACAACCUCGUGAUGGUGCACCGUAGCAACAGCAACAACAAUCGUCUGGGGAACAACGGUGGUGGCAACGACAACCGCGGCGACGUUCGCGCGACACGAUCGGGUUGCUGGAACCUGUGUUUCUGCAGUUACAACAAGUGGGAUUUGUAGCGCGAUCAGUAACGACAGCGAGAUGAUGUUCAAGCGAAUGCGAAGGUGUACGGCUGUUUCGUUAGUGAGAGAGAAAGAAGUAGAACGAUGAGAGUGAAAAGAAGAGAAGCGGCACGGCUUGAAUAUCAUCUAUCGUUGGAUCAUUCUCGGAUCGCGACUCGUUCUUAUAACACAGUAUCUGUGUGUGACGUCACUGGGUCGGCUGACCCGUGCAACAGAGCGACCAAUUUUUGGGCACGAGGCACGUAAUAACGACGACAAAGAAUAUGAGAUCGUCGUAGAGAAGAAUCGCCGCAGAAUCGCUGUCGUACAAGAAAUUCUUCGUUCGUUUCGAUUUUUCAACGUUCGUUCCGUUGUGCCGUUCACGCGAAUAAUGUCGAGAGUAGCGCGGCGCCGACGUCCGCCGACAGCGAUCCUCGCGCGGAAACGAAAUUCUUCGAUGUUUUUAAUGGUACUGUGUUAGUCGUCGUUUAAGGAUUCACCUUGUCGUCUAGACCUUCCCGAAUAUCAUCUCCUCUCCCCCCCCCCCCUUCCUACCUCCAUCCCCUUUAUUUCUCUCUCUUACCUAAGAGUCUCAACGAUCAAACAAACGCGUCUAGACGAUCAAAGAGGCAUCGCGUAUUUGUUUCUCUUUUUUUUAUUUUUUUUCCUCUUCUUUCCAUUUUCUACAUGUUCAAGUUCGUGCAAGCAUGGCGCGUACGACUAGAUUACUAACCGCGCGCGGCGAUACCGCCGCUCGCAAAGUUAUUCCGUGAGAAGAAAGGAAAAGCGCAAUUGUGCGCGCGUGUAUGCAUGGUGAUGCGUGUUGUACCAUCGUAUGCCUGUGAAAGAGAAACAGAGAGAAAGAGAAAAGAAGAGAGUGAUAAUGAAUGGAAAAAAUAGAAAUGUAGUACGAUAUAGUUAUAACAACUGUAUCGUAGUGAUGAGCCAGCAAUACAAGACGAAUACAAAAUUGGUUUUUCUGCUUGGGUGUGUGCGUGCCUAUAAGUGAAUGUGUGUGUGUGUGUGUAUAUAUAUAUAAUAUAUAUAUAUAUAUAUGAAAAAGAAAGAAAGAAAUUGUCGCGUGGUCCCCCUCCUCCCUUUUUACUUCUUCGUUUUCCUUUCCGACGUGCGUCGCGCGUACCAAACGUCUCUUCUGUUUAGUCGUUUCUCCGAAGAGAAUGCGCGACAGAGUCAACCGCGCGAUUAGCUACCACAAACACAACUUUGUCGCCUGACGACGACGACAACGACAACGGGUUCAAAUCACGUGAGAGAAUCGACCAAAUCGAGGGAGAGGAAAGAGUGCAUGAAGCGUCCGCGUGUUCCGUUCAUUAGCUGUAAGACUGUGUCACUUGGAAACGAUAAUAUCGAGGUUCACGAUUAUUCUCGAGUCCAAGAUGUUCAAAAUUAAGCGAGACAGCUUUGUCGUCGGGACAGAAGCAACGAAAAUGGUUUCUCGUAGAGGUGUCGAGGGUGUCUCGCGUCUUUACAAAAUUUUUAUCACGGCUCGGAAACUCGAAUUUUUCGCCGCGGAACAAAGAGCCCAUUACAUUAAUGAAUCUAAGAGAUACAAUACAAUACAAUACAAUUAGUGUAAGGAUCCUCGACGCGCGCCUACGUCGGGGGCCGAGGAACACGCUCGCGGAUUCUCGUGGUAUUGUAACGCGCGCCAAAAAAUGUGAAAGCGUGUCCCUUGGCAGACAUGAUCUCAUAUUUUACAGAUGUUUCAGUUACGUGAGGCAUUUGUUGGUUAAUAUAAAUUCGGAGAUGUGGUUCAAUUAUAAUUAUUGUAAAACUGUGCUAGGAACGCGUAACAUUGAAGUAAGAGCACGAAAGAGAAUGUGUGAGAGAGGUUUGAGGAAAAGAAAUGUAUGUAUAUGUGCGAAAAAGAAGCGAACAAGGGAGAAGUUACGAGAAAGAAGUUGGUCAUGUGGUAAAACAAAAAGAAAGAGGUAUAUUUAAAUACAAAACAGAUAUAUAUACAUAAUAUGUAUAUGCAUGUUCUAAAUUAUACAAUUUAAUUUUAUAUUCGGGAUAUAUAUUAUAUACUAUCGAUCGGAAGAAAUCGAUAGUGUGAAGUUCGUGGGUGUAGCAUCACCGGGUGCGAACGUUGUCGUGCAUUCUAGAUUUAUAAUAUGGAAGUUUUUAACGUGUAAUGUUUUUCGAGUAAUAAUGCGGAAGUCAUAUAAGAGGAAGGCGGAUUGGCGAAAUGUUGGUGGAGCGUGCAGGGUACGGACGCGAGAGAAAAUUUAUUUACGCAUUGUAUUAUGAUUCGUCGAAAGAACAAUACCAAAUCCCCUGCCCCCCUAUAUUUGUACCUACUCUUUUUAAUGAUAUAUUUUUUUCAUUGAUUAUAUAUUUAUUUAAUGUGUCGAACGUAGCGCCUACGCGUCAUGUCUUGAAGUGGUAAUUUUUUUAAUUCGAAGAAGUGCAGAUCUUAUACAAAUAUAUGACACGUACAACAAAUAACACAAAACAUAUAUAUACAAACACACACAUACACAAAACACGGACACAAAUUGCAUUAAAUUUUAGAAUAGUAGCGCUUUAUAGAACUAAAUAUUAGGAUAACAAAUUCUUCGUGAAUGGGUAUGAAAAAACAAUCUUCUGUAGGAAGGGUGGUCCGCAAACGCGGCGUUCAUCCCCGAUCCGUUUGUGUAAAGUUUCUCCACUUCACACGAAAUUCAAGUUAAAGUCGAAAUCAACGAAAUUACCUCUUGGAAUACGCUUAUCGCGCGAAAAAGAAAAAGAGAAAUUGUCCUUUCGGCCUUUCGUGUAAAUAUGUCUAUUUAGGCCAAAUCCCGCGACUCUCCCCGGGUUUCCCUGUCCCUAUUACUCCGUCUACCCGUGGUCCGUCGACUGUUUGAAAAUCAACUUUGAUAGCGGUUAAUCAAUCUUGAUUCUUCAGGUCGAUCCCGCGGUUUCCCACUUCCUCCUCUGUCACCUUCUAAUUCGAAAAAAAAACCGAACGGAAAACGAGACAGACGCCGGGUUGUUCGUGGCCACCAGCGUAAAAGAAGCUAUAAAUAUUAUUAUUAUUAAUUAACUACAUAAAUUAUAAUAAAAUAUAUUUUGUAUUAAUGUAGUCACACGAAUUAAUACGGCAAACGCAGUGGUCUGUGAAGACUGAAUCUAAGUAAGAGAACGCAAAUUAGUCCUGUGCGAAUUUCAUCGACGUCUGUUAAGAACAAUAAAAUGAUCAGGUAACGGAACGUUUACAAUUGUGUUUUUAUUUCUAUCCCCGGACUAGAGUGUGUUUCGUUGGUGCGUUGUAUUCGAUUAUUUCGAUGCUUUGGUUUCUUUUAUUGUCAAGUGUCAUUGGUGUAAUUUACUGGUUUUAUUUCACCCGUCUAUCUUCGAAAGAUCGAAUUUGCCUUUCUUCCUCGUGAAAGCUAUGGCCACAACUUGUCGCAAAAAACCGACGUUCGUGCUUGCGUAUGCGAUCGAAUUACCCGCAGACGUUGAUGAAACUCACAUUGUCACUCCGGAAAGCGAUAUAUUCCGACGCAGAGCCCGAUCUCGUCGGAUCGUUCCUCAAACUGAAUCAAUCGCACGAGUUCGAUUGUACACAAGCGGCACACAGACGAAAAUUUAAGUCUACAGCGAACGAGCGGCACGAAGGUCUGAACAAACGCGCGUAGUCGCAGCCGCUAGUUCGCUCGCAAGGAUAAACGGUAAACGUACAAGUUCCGGCCAGGCUUUUUGCUGUUGCACCCUCGCGCAAUCUGCAACACGCAAAGGCAGCUUAAUUCAUAGAACAUACGUAUGUAAUACGAUGAUUAUAUCACCGAUUAUCUGUCUGUCCACAGUGGAUCUGGAGAACGAGACAUUCAAUUUUUUAUUUUUUUUAUACCGUUGUAAGAGACGACAUUACGUUUAAUUAACUAUUUAGUUUGUAAUUCGGAAGGUAACUUUUUAAAUAUUUCUUUAUUUCCAAAAUUAGCGAUUUUCAAUUUCAACGAGUUUAAUGAUCAAGUUGUCGAUCUUUCCUGAAUUAAAAUUCGUGAUGCGAGUGAUUCAAGAUGAAAAGCUUUUCACGAACUUUCAUUUUGGACUUUACUUCACGAACAAGCUCGAGUUAUUCGGAUGUAGAAACUAUCUCUGAUUCGUAUCAACAGCGUUAGUAGAACUAUUUCGUGAUGAAAAUAAAUCCGUUAAUGGUUGGGGAACGGAACGCGAAAAGCCUUUCCGAUUACGACAUGUUGAAUAUGCAAUCAUGCGCUCCCCGUUCGCUAAUUACGGAUUGCAAUCGUAAUAGUAAUAGUAAUAAUGAUUAAUCGCGAUCUGACGCCCGCUCGAUUCGCGGUAAACGCGUAUCGCGGACGAAUGUGGUUCAGAGCGAGAGAGAGAGAGAGAGAGAGAGAGAGAGAGAGAGAGAGAGAGAGAGAGAGAAAGAGAGUGUAUGCAUGUGAGAUAAUUGCUCUGGUUGGAAAAUUGCGCGAAAGUGCCCUUGCUGCCAUAAUUAUUGAGGGAAUAAUCCCAUAGUCAUUCGCGACGUAUGAGCCAACGGGCAUGACAAAUUGAAGCAUUUGUCAAUCUUUUCGACGUUUCUUCGAUUUUCUUCUUUUAAUCCAAAAUUUCGGAGCAUAAUUGGAUAUUAAAAAAAAGUAUAAGAUGGUUAUAGAGAUAUUAAAAUACAAAAAAAACAUAAAGAUAGAGUUAGAUGUUAUGUUCCUUAAAAUUUGUGAUUCACUGUUACCGAGUUAUAUCACUUAUUCUACCCAACGGCUCGUGCUAGAUAACCAAAGGGACUAAUGUUCCAUCAAUCGACAAUCGCCGAGUGCAUCCUCAAUGACGGCAGGAGCCAUCGGUACGAUAACUUUCGGUACCUGCGGCCAGCGAGUAUGCGCUCGUGGACUGAAAGCGGGGUCAAACCGUGGCACAUUCCCAUGGUUCAUCCCCAUCGGAAUGUUUCAGCCGGAAUGAACUCGCUCGAGGUAGAGGCGGAUUGGACGAAGAAGCGGGUGUGUCGUGUGUGCGUGGUUUGCGUGCGUAGAUACGGCGCGUCGCCAAGUUUCACGCGAACAGAAUUGAUGUCGAUCGAUAUCAACGCGGAUACGCCAAAGUAGUAAAAGAGCAAAACAAAUAUCUGCAUUGUGUUUUCAGUAGCGAGCAGGAGAGACAAGACGACCGGGAGCAACGGGGAAUACUUUUAUACAGGGUGUUCACGACAAUUAUUGUGUUAGAAAUCCACGAACGAUCAAAAGCAAAACGCACAAAUUUAUCGAACCGAGAUCCUCCUGAGGUCUCCGACUAUUAUAAAGACUUUCGUCUCUUCUGAGAAAGCGAUCGAACGCGAGGUUUCCGCAAAAGAGAUCCGUCUUCGCUUCUGCUUAUCUCGAAUCCAUCCCCCGAUCAUUCGCAUUUGAUCCCGUGAAUUGCCGCUGUCAACGUCGCGGAUACGUCCCUGGUUGAAAAACAUUUUCCGGAAGUAAUCUUGAUGUCCACAGUCCAUCGAGAUGUUCUAACGUUCAUUUGGCUUUUGCGUUUUUAAUCAAUAGCGGUACAUAGAGACAACGAGAAGGGUCCAAAACGCGACAAUUUUCAACAACGGGCACAAUCGCGCUGGGUAUAUCUUCAAUGAUUAUAGGGACCAAUGUUAGUGUGAUAAAAUCGACGGGUACCUAUGGUCAAUGAUCAAUAUACUCAACCAGGGGUGUUGUGAGAUUUCUAGAUCUCUUUUAGGAUUCUUCUUUUUUUUUCUAGUAGUGCUUUCACGCAUAUUGUCGUGUAACGCGCAAUAAUUCGAUAAGCAUCGCGAUCUCUUGAAGCAGAACGAAUAUCGAAGCUCCAACGAAGAAGAAAAUCAACGAGCGACGUUCGCGAGACUCGCUUUCGGUUUCCAAAAAUCGUUUCGAGGAAUUCCCGACGGCUCGCACAGCAUCCGUUCCAUACAAGCAAGAAACGGCAGCACCAAAAUGGCUCGACAUAUCGACCUCCCACCCGACAAAUCGUCCCCUCAAUCAAUCUCCAUAUGCGCAAUAAUUCGUUUCCUCCGGAACAACAAUAUUAAUCUGCAAUAAUAAUGUUAGCACCUGUAGCGCCGCGAAUACGCGAGAGUCAUUGUUAUAUCUUUGUAUGAACAUUUAAUACGCAAUAAAUAUGUAUGUCGUCAUCCCACUA